AUGGCCGCGCGCAAGACCAUCCGCCGCGCCGUGCAGCACGAGAUCGCCAAGCGCAAGGGCUCGCGCUUCAUCUCGGCGGCAUGGCCGCUCUCGGGCGGCGGCGACGCGGCCUCGGAGCUCGUGAUGCAGUACGUCGAGACGCAGCGCGACAAGUUCCCGGCCGCCCACCACCACUGCUACGCCUACACGACCAUGGACGGUCGCGAGCUGUGCUCGGACGACGGAGAGCCGCACGGCACCGCCGGGAGACCCAUCCUGGCUUCACUGCAGCGAGCGCAGCUGGUGGACGUGUGCGUGGUGGUCACGAGGAUCUUCGGCGGCGUGAAGCUCGGGCCUGGAGGCCUCAUCCGAGCCUACGGAGCGGCGGCGCAGGAGGUGAUCGAGCAGGCCGAGAUCGUGGACAAGGUGCCGACCCAACUGCUGCACGUGCGGACAGCCUUCUCGUUCGUUGACGUCGUCAAGCGCGCGUGCGAACACUUCGGAGCAGAACUCGUGACGCAGGACUACGCGGGGGACGCAAACUUCACGGUCAGUGUCCCAGUGCACAAGAUCGACGAGUUUGUCGGCUUCGUGCGGACGAAAUCGUCUGGGCGGGUGGAGGUGAAGGAGCUGUAA